AUGACGGUGCGCUCUCUUUUCGUGUGGGACUUUGAUAAUACCGUCGUUUUGGACAACACGGACACGCUCGUUUUCCAGAUACUAGCACCAGAAGUGUUAGCACGUCAACGCGCUAUCAUUUGCAAAAGCGCAGGGCCUCACCUAUGGACUACCAUAAUUUCCAACGGGUUGAUGUCACUUUUUGAAUUGGGCAAGACUCCAGAAGAGAUUUUAAGCGCAGCUGCAGAGGCGUUUUUCCCUGUGGAAACGGCAGCAGUUUUGCGUAGGAUUGCAUCUACGCCGACUGCGCGCAGUGUUGUACUGUCAGAUGCCAACACGCUCUUCAUUCACGCCUGCCUCAAGAAGGCAGAUCUUCCCCACGAUCAAGUUUUCGAGGGUGGCAUUUUCACAAAUCCUGCCACAGUGGAGGAGCCUGGUUUCAUAUCAUUACGGCCUUUUAUCGAUCCGAAUGACCCAGAGAAACAACACAAAUGUAACAGAUGCCCGGCAAAUCUUUGUAAGGGAGAAGUACUCCAGAGAAUUAUCCGCGACGAAUACGAUAGCUGGCGUAUCGUCUAUGUUGGAGACGGUGGGAACGACCAUUGCCCAGUCUUACGUAUGGGGAGCGAAGGUGUGGUGCUCGCGAGAAAAGGAUUUCCUUUGCAUAGAAAGGUUCUAGAGCGGCCACCUCUCGCCGAGGUACGGCUGUGGGACUCCCCGGUUGAACUCAAAGGUCUCAUCCAUGACCUCCUUUAG